UCUACUCCUGGGUAUAUACACAUGUGAGAGCAUGAUAGAUGCCGAGAUACUGGACUAGUUACGGAAGGCAAGGGAGGAGUUAGUCGGCAAGUAGGUAACUUAAGUCCGUCUUUUCAUUGAUGACAAGAGAUGUGAUAAACAAUCUAAGUACUAGGUAAGUUCUAGGUAAGCUCUGUAUAUAUCCCUUGACUUCUCAUUCUCUUCAAUUUGUAUGUUUCAUUAGGUAUCAAGCAGCUACGCUACCUAGCAUUGUCUCAGUUCGAGAUAUUCACCAUGCCAGAAAAAGAUGUUGCCAAGAAGACAGCCAGCGGCCUCGCUAGAGAGUACUCCUCAGCCAUCAAGGGGAAAACCAUCCUCGUCACCGGCGUCUCCCCCGGCGGAAUCGGCGCCGCCUUCGUCUUAGCCCUCGCGCCCAUGCAGCCCUCCAUGUUCAUCCUCCUUGGCCGCAACGCCGAAAGAACAGAGCAGACGGCGCGCGCUAUCCAGGAGCUAUCGCCACACACCCACAUACGCACGCGCGUCGUAGACCUCGGGUGCUUGGCCUCCGUGCGCGCCGCCGCGGAUGCUAUCUUGGCGUGGUCAGAUGUCCCGCGCAUCGACGUGCUGGUCAACAAUGCCGGGACUUGCGGGGGCCCCCGGGCGAUCACCGACGAAGGGUUCGAGAACCUGUUUGCCUCGAAUUAUCUAGGCCCGUUCUUGCUGACGAAUCUGCUCAUGCCGAAGAUCUUGGCUUCGGAUGCUCCGCGGGUUGUCAAUGCGGGCAGCGACGGGCAUAUUCUUAGCCCGAUUCGGUUUGAUGACCCUAAUUUUCGCGACGAAGACGUGUAUAACACGUGGAUAGCAUACGGACAGUCCAAGACGGCGAAUAUGCUGAUGGCCAUCUCGCUCGCUAGCAAGUAUGGCGAUCAGCAUAACCUCCGCGCUUUUAGCGUACAUCCAGGCGCCGUUACGACUAAUCUCGCCUCGCACCUCGAUCUGUCUCUACUCUAUACUGAGAUGAGUGAGUCUCUCUCCUAGAUACCCAUCGCUACUGCAAGCUCGGUCCUAGGAAGCAGAGGCUAAUACGCAGAGUAGCGAGGACAUAUCGUAUGCUAGGCCAUGGCCAAGGCUGGAAAAGUGACUUCGACUUUCAGAUCCCUGACGAAGGCGCGGCGACUUAUGU